AUGAUUCGCCGAAAGAAGGCCGUCAAGAAGGGCAUCCAAUUCUCCCUUAUGGUCUGCGGCGCCUCAGGAACUGGGAGGACCACCUUCGUCAAUAUGCUCUGUGGGGACAGCGUCCUGGCGCACAGGGACUUGGAUACUGAGAGUGACACACAGGCGGAGCAAGGGCUUAAGAUCAAACCCACUACCGUUGAGUUGGAGCUAGAGGAGGAUCGUACCUGCAUCUCCCUCACCAUCAUUGACACACCCGGAUUCGGAGACGAGAUUGAUAACGAGGCUAGCUUCUCAAAAAUUGUUGGCUACCUUGAGCGACAGUACGACGAUCAUCUCGCAGAGGAGUCUCGCAUCAAGCGAAAUCCUCGCUUCAGGGACAACAGAGUUCAUGCGAUGCUCUACUUUAUCACUCCGACCGGUCAUGGGCUCCGCGAGCUUGAUAUCGAGCUUAUGAAGCGCCUCGCUCCCCGCAUCAACGUCAUUCCAGUUAUUGGCCGCGCCGACACCCUUACCCCUGCCGAGCUAGCCCAAUCCAAGAAACUAAUCAUGGAGGAUAUCGAGUAUUACCGAAUCCCUGUUUAUAACUUCCCGUAUGAUAUCGAGGAGGAUGAUGAAGAGACGAUUGAAGAGAAUGCUGAGCUGCGGGGCAUGAUGCCUUUUGCUAUCGUUGGCAGUGAAGAAUUCAUUGAAGUCAGUGGCCGGAACGUCCGCGCUCGGCAAUACCCUUGGGGUAUUGUAGAGGUGGAAAAUCCACACCACUCGGACUUUCUGGCGGUUCGAUCUGCGCUACUACAUAGCCAUCUGUUAGAUCUGAAGGAGAUCACAUACGACUUCUUGUACGAGGUAUAUCGUACUGAGAAGCUCUCCAAGAUCACAGAAGGUGCCGAUGGACUAGGCUCAUCUAUAAGCCAAGAAGAUAUGGUUUCCCAGUCAAUGCGGCUCAAAGAGGAACAGCUCCGAAGAGAAGAAGAUAACUUACGACAGGUUGAGAUAAGGAUUCAGCAGGAAAUUAAAGAAAAGAGUCAGGAGCUUCUGGUCCGCGAGGCUCAGUUACGCGACAUCGAGGACCGGAUUAAUCGGGAGUCUGCAGUCGCCGCAGCUCAGAACGCAGCUGCAAGCAGUUAA